CCCUGAACAACGCCCGCAAUCAACUGCUGGCGACUUUCCAGCACACUGUAUUUUACUACUAGGUUAGUAUUCAAGUUUGAAAAAGACCAUCAAACACGACUAUAAACAUCCAUUCCACAAUGCCCCUUAGACUGUUACUAUUGUUACCAGAUACUUGAUACCAGAUACCCACUACCCAACUUUGCAUUUUUCUAAAUUCAAUUCAAUCGCAGACUUGAGUUACUCCCACGAAAAUCGAAGCCUUCUCGUUUUACAUAUGGCGUCUUUAGUUUGGAAUCGUUUCGUCGUUACGAUAACGACCUCUGAAUGCAGGAGGGUUUUGGGAUGGUUGAGGGGCAUUGGCAACGAUGGUCGAUUAACCGUUCGCGUCGUCAAAGAUUAGUACAAGUGCAGAUGGCGCUGUUAGAUAAGGCGCAACAAAUGUUGCCAUCGCCUCAGUGGUCAUAACGAACCAAAGCUCUUCCCUCUUUAGACUAAAUUGCAGUCUGCUUCCAUCUUGUGGUCUCCCCAGUAGAAGUUCCCCCAAUAUGCAAACACAAUUGCUGACAAUGACAACUACACUGACACUGGCACUGACAACCAAUUACGAUAUUACCCAAGUUGGUCCAAAAAGUUCAGAAGCCACAAAAUGAGCAAGCCAUUGAUCCCAUUGAUACUAGUACUAUUGCUGGAGGUGUUUGUGCUUGCACCCUCAAAAGGGACGUCUAACGACCAGUAUAACGACGACUAUAACGACGAUAUUUUCCUUUUGGGUGCCACUCCCGAAAAGGUCCAAAUACGCGAUGAUCUACCCGUGCAGGACGCGCGGAUUCUUCGCGAUACCAAACCGGAAGUGACGAAUAUGACAACUACCAGCAUCACGAAUGCAGAUGCGAUGAAUAAAACCAACACACAAGGAGAUGGAGGAGAUGUGGGUGGGCAGGAAUGGAUAGAGGAAGCCAUAAAAGACAUCGCAUACUAUCUGCGCGCACACAAGUUCAACGAGUACGAUCGUAGAUAUGAGUCGAACGGCACAUUAGCACCCCGCACCUACCACCGUGAAUAUCCCCGACCCGCACUUCGGAGUCUACACUGGGAGGUGCAUAAGUUUUGCGAUGAAUCUUUCCUUGCAUGCGUCAAGUACCUUUGGAAGCGUGCGCAAGGAGCAGACCUGCGUCGAGGAGACGACACGUCCGUUGUGAUUCAAGAGCAACGAUGGCGGAUGGACGUAGAUCGUGAUCGUAUUGAUAUGGUCGAGGCAGAAUGCCAAAAGCUGAAGCGGCGCGAUGACAUCUUAGCUGAUCCCUUCCAAGGACCACUUGAACGGUUUCAAUGGCGGACCACUGCUGCGUAUUUCAUGUGUUGGUAUACAAUGAACGAAGUGGAACACCUUAGACACAUCUCAGAAAACUGUGAUAAUUUCUCCAAUUGUUUAGGGGAAUCAAAACAACCUCGGAAUCAUGACCCACGAGCAAAUGACGAUGAACCUUUCUCUUGUGCCUUGUAUAGUUUUUGUCCGGAUGUCUGCUGUUAUGAGAAACACGUUGAUAAUUUACGCAGUUGUUGGGAGAUGCCGAAAUCCAAUCCUUGCUAUUCUGCAUCUCCCGCAGAACAAAGACAAUGCGUUAUGAAUCGAAGUGAGAACCUGGACUUUACUUCGGGGAUAUUAAACCAUUGGAAUGUGAGCUGCACGUGUCCGCAGGUCGGCUACGUGUGGGAUUCCAGUUAUGGCAUUUGUGUGGACGUCGACGAAUGUCUGCGAGGUGAACACAAGUGCGACGUGCAUCGUGGCGAAGCCUGUCUGAACACGCUCGGCGGUUUCAAGUGCGUGUGCAAAUGGGGGCACACGUGGAGCAAUCAGGAGCAAAAGUGUCAGCAAAACGAAGCCGUAGCUCAAAUCAAAUUGAUCGCCUUAAAGAUGUUAGCAAAAAAAACCUCUGAAGAAGAUUUUGAAAAGUCUUAUCUACGCAAAUUCUAUAAAUUUAUCGUGAAAAAAAUUUAUUCUACAUCUGCGUCUAAUUCCAUCAAUUACGAUCGUAAUUUCUACAAUUACUUAAUUGUGAUAUUUACGAGUGUAAUUCUGUAAUUAUGACGAUGAAUGCGAGCGCGGAAUUGUUUUGCUGAACGUGACAAGCAAUUGAAAUCAUAAUGCGUCGGCGUGUCGGCAAAGUGCCGGUAUUAUUA